ACCUACCAAACAGAUGAUGUUUAAAACCUCGAUUCUCGCCAUCACAUGAUUCUCCCUGUUCCGCUCUCGCUGGUCCGGCUCACGUGCGCCCGACCAUCUUAUCACGUGCCAAAGCCGUCCGAAAAUUCCCGCCUAUAAAUACCCCUUCCGACACACCAGCAGUAGCAGAAGCGAUCUGCAGGACGCUGAAAUGGGAGAUGCGGUCGAUGCAUCGAAGCUCCGCUCGGAUUUCAUCCAAGUUCUUCGCAGCCGGCGAUCGGAAGAAGUUCCUCUAUCUGUGGAGCUUGCAAGUCCUGUUACAGAUCCCUUGUAUCAGGGAGGUCCACGUUCACGUGAGGCGAUGGAGUCUUGCCUUAAGGAGAAUGUUACAAAUUUUGAGGAUGUGUUGCAAGAAGAAAACCUUUACUUGAUUACUGAGGCCACUGAGCAAGGACGCCUGCCUGUGCUGAUCUUGAGCAUGAAGGAAACCAAACAGAAAAACAGGCCGGCUAUUGUAUUUCUGCAUAGCUCUUACAAAACCAAGGAAUGGUUGCGGCCAUUACUCGAGGCGUAUGCUUCACGAGGAUAUAUAGCUGUUGCCAUUGAUUCCCGCUACCAUGGUGAACGGGCCAGAAAUACAACCACAUACAGAGAUGCUCUUGUAUCUUCAUGGAAGAAUGGCGAUACAAUGCCUUUCAUAUUUGAUACAGUAUGGGACCUGAUAAAAUUGGCAGACUAUCUUACACAGAGGGAGGACAUUGAUUCUUCUAGAAUAGGGAUUACUGGUGAAUCUCUUGGAGGCAUGCAUGCAUGGUUUGCUGCUGCUAUCGAUACCCGUUAUGCGGUGGUUGUCCCCAUAAUUGGCAUUCAGGGAUUUAGAUGGGCCUUAGAUAAUGAUAAAUGGCAAGCUAGGGUUGACAGUAUAAAACCCGUGUUUGAAGAAGCACGGAUUGACUUGGGCAAGAGCACAAUUGAUAGAGAAGUAGUGGAAAAGGUCUGGGAUAGGAUUGCUCCUGGGCUAGCCUCCCAGUUCGAUUCACCUUGCACCAUUCCCAUCAUUGCCCCACGGCCUCUGCUCAUUGUAAAUGGAGCUGAAGAUCCUCGUUGCCCUCAAGCUGGUUUAAGACUGGCGGUAUCGAGAGCAAUGGAGGCUUAUAAAGAGGCCAACUGUCCUGAAAAUUUCAAGUUGAUAGCAGAACCUGGUAUUGGGCAUCAAAUGAUGCCAUCGAUGGUGAAAGAAGCAAGUGACUGGUUUGACAAGUUCCUCAAGAGGGGAUAAACCUCAUCACGGUGUAAUUGUCUGUUGCUGCUCCUAGCCUUGCUACCCAGCCUCUCUCUCUGAGAUUUAUUAUCCCUGAGUAUCCUAAUUAUCUAUUGUGAUGUUUUAAAAAGAAAUUAUCUGGUGGUGAGUACUACCGCCUAAGUUAAGAAGCACUCAAUCUCUGUAUGUAUGUCAAGCAUGUACAAGAUCCAGACUUUCAUUUCUUGAGCCCUCAAUUAGCCAGGUGAUCAUACCCACUGACUGGAUGCCAUUUGAAGAAAAGUCCAGCCAACGCAUUCAAUGAGCAGAAAUACUCCAUGGUCAUCUGACUGGUGUAAUUUAUGGUAAUGGCUCAUCCAAGGUAGGUACCAACAGUCGAACUGUCUUGAUCUUGCCUGUGCGGACAGAAAUUUGAGUGGUUGAUAAGUAGCUAAUAUAGUAGUGUUUAGCAUUUGGAUCCUUUCCCUCUGUAAGCUAUCAGGUUGUAUCAAUAAACACCUACAGGAUGCAUCUCUACUCCUAUUUAUUUAAAGAGGCGAGAGAGCUUGUAAUAUAUCCUCAUCAUGUGAGCAUUGUUUGGAGUAUACCCGA